AUGGAGAAGCCUAGUGCGGACUUUGUCGAGGAUGCCGAUAACCAGCAACUGGGUCACAUCGCCAACCAGGAAGACCAUGAAUUGAACAAAUGGCAGAGUCUGAAGAAGUACCCCUGGACAUUCUUCUGGUGUACCUACGCCGUCUGGUGCAUUCUGCUCGUCAGUUUCGAGAAUCAGGCUUCCGGUAACGUCACCGGUAUCCCGGAGUUCCGCAAGGACUUUGGUCAUUACUAUGAGGGGAGCUGGGUGCUGGAUGCGAAAUGGCAGUCUGCUUUCAGUGGUGGUCCCGUCGCAUCUGCUGUCAUCGGUGCGCUGUGCUCGGGUCAGAUUGCCGAUGCUAUUGGCCGUAAGAUGACCAUUUUGAUUGCUCUUGCUAUCAGUGUUGCAGCCAUCACCCUGGAGUUUGUCUCGACUACCAAUGAGAUGUUCUUCGGUGGAAAGUUCCUCAAUGGCUUUGCCGUUGGAGCUCUGGCUUCGGUCCCCGUUACCUAUGUCGGCGAGGUAUGUAUCUGCUUCGAAUAUUGCGUUUUUCAUAUUACUCACGCCUAG